AUGGAUAACGAGAAAAUUUUCUUUGUCAUCAAAAGUAAAACAGAUGAAUAUUGUUUUACUAAUGUGGCCUUUAUGCACCUCGAUGGUAAAAGUGCGAUCAGUAAAAAACGCAUGUUGUACCGCUACUUGUAUAAGCACAACCCAAUUAAAAAUGUACUUUUAGAAACCGCUGGUACCGUGGAUUUAGAUGCUGAAAUCAAGUUCCAAUUAGGUGAACAGCAUUUCUCUAUUGAUAUUGAUAAAAAACAAAUCGAGAAAAUUCGCGAUCUCUAUAAAGCAUUAUUUACCAUUGGUGAAACCUGCAAAGAGAUCAAUCGUAAACGUAAUGUGCUAUUACAAAGCACUGACAAUGUGCAGAAAAUGUUUAACUUACGAGAGCUCAGUGAACAGGCGAUUUUAAAUUUACCUGAAAUCAUCAAUCAGACUGCGCAACAAGUUGAAGAUUAUGCCAACCAGCUCAAAAAUUAA